ACCAGAGUAGGCACGGAGCCCCGAAGACGGCUGGCACGGCAAACUCGCCAUUCCCUAAGGAAGGCAGACCUGAGUGCGAAGGACCUGGCUGGGUGUUCUGGGACCAGAAAACUCCCCGGAGCCGCAAGUCGCCGCGGGGCGGCCUGGGAAAGUCAGCAGUCAGCAGCGCGGUGGCGGGAACCGCAGCCCGGCGGCCCUGGAACCUCCCAGGGUUUGCUAUAUUCAGUCAUGUUGCUGUGGACUUCUCCCAAGAGAAGGGGGAAAGCCUAGACCCUGCUUAGAGGGCUUUGUACAGAGACUGGAUGUUGGAGAAUUGAAAUAGAAUAAGGGCUAAAUGAUUGCCAAGAGCUCUCACCUGUGCAGCGGAACAAAGAGAACAAAAAGAAAGGUCGAUGAAGAGAGAGGAAACAGUAGCAAAGGAUCCAGAUUUAUCUUUUUGACACACCCAUGAAUAAAAGUGCAAGAAGAGGAGAAAUGGCUUGUUCUUCAAUAAAUACAUCCCAGGGUCUGUUGACAUUCCGGGAUGUGACUGUGGACAUCUCCCAGGAGGAGUGGGAAUGCCUGGACUCUGCUCAGAGGAUUUUGUACAUGGAUGUCAUGUUGGAGAAUUACAGCAACCUGAUCUCUGUGGGAAUUAUUGUGUGCAAGACAGACCUGGUCCCAUAUCUGGAGCAAAUCCAAGUGCCCUGGAAUGUGAAGAGAGAGGAGAUGGUGGCCAACCCAGAGAAUCAGCGGAUGUUGCAUGAAUCAGAGGAGGUCUUAGAUCAAGACUCAAAGUUUACUAUCGAUGAGCAUGUGGCAGUUCAACAGAAGUCAUGUAAAUGUAAUGAGCCUGGCAAAAUGCUUCAUGAAUCCUCCAAAUGGACACUAUGCAAAACAAAUAAUACUACAGAAAACUGUUACAAAUACAGAUGGAUUCAAAACCACAGGGAUGAUUGUAUUGAAUCAAUCAACUUCAGUAGCUAUAAACACAUACACACUGGAGAAGAACCUUGCAAAUAUAAAGAUGUUGACAAAUCCUUAAGUUCAUUUUCAAACAUAAGUCAGAGUCAUGGAAUGUACAUAGGAAAGAAAAAGUAUAAAUAUAACGAAUAUGAUAAAUAUUUUGGUUUUACCCCAAAACUUGUACAGCUAAGAAUCCAUAAUGGAGAAAAAUCACACCAAUUCAGGAAAUGUGAAAAAUCCUUGAAGACCUGCUCAAGCCUCAGUACACAUCAGAGAGCUCUUACUGGAGAGAAACUAUGGAAAUGCACAGAGUGUGACAAGUCCUUUAAGUGUUUGUCCGAUCUUAAAACUCAUUACAGAAUCCAUCCUGGAGAGAAACCUUUCAAAUGUAAGAAAUGUGACAAAUCUUUCACUUACUGCUCAUCGCUUAGAGAACAUCAGAACAUCCAUGAGGGCAAACUUUACAGAUGUUGGGACUGUGGCAAAUCCUUCACCCGGUGUUCAUCUCUUAGAGCCCAUGAGAAAAUUCACACUGGAGAAAAACCUUUCAAAUGUAAGGAAUGUAAUAAGUCCUUUUAUAUGCUGUCCCAACUUAGAAAACAUGAGAGAACCCAUACUGGAGAAAAACCUUACAAAUGUAAGGAAUGUGAGAAAUCCUUUACGUACUGCUCUUCUCUUAGAGAACAUCAGAACAUGCAUGCUGGAAAAUUUUAUAAAUGUCAGAAAUGUGACAAAACCUUUACCCGCUGCUCAUCUCUUAGGGCACAUGAGAAAAUUCAUACUGGAGAAAAACCUUACAAAUGUAAGCAGUGUGGUAAGUCCUUUUAUAUAUUGUCCCAACUUCGAAAACAUGACAGAACCCACACUGGAGAGAAACCUUACAAAUGUAAGGAAUGUGGCAAAUCCUUUACCCAGUGUUCAACCCUUAGGAUACAUCAGAAAAUUCAUGCUGGAGAGAAACCCUACAAAUGUAAAGAGUGUGGUAAGUGCUUUUAUAAGUUAUCAUACCUUAAAGUCCAUUACAGAACCCAUACUGGAGAGAAGCCCUACCAAUGUAAAGAAUGUGGUAAGGGCUUUUCUCAGUUGUCCUGUCUUAAAAGCCAUGGCCGAAUUCACACUGGAGAGAAACCUUACAAAUGUAGUGAAUGUGGCCGAUCCUUUACACAUCACUCAACCUGCAGGAGACAUCAGAGUACUCAUGCUGCAAAACUUUAUCAGUGCGAGGAGUGUGACAAAUCCUUUGCCAAACCUUCAUCUCUCAGAACACAUCAGAAAACCCAUGCAGGAGAGAAACCUCAUGAUUGUAAAGAAUGUGGUAAGGCCUUCUAUCAACUGUCACACCUGAAAGUCCAUUACCGAAUCCACACUGGAGAGAAACCUUACAAAUGUAAUGAAUGUGACAAAUGCUUUACCAAAUGUUCAUCUCUCAGAACACAUCAGAAAAUCCAUGCAGGAGAGAAACCUCAUGGUUGUAAGGAAUGUGGUAAGGCCUUCUAUCAUUUAUCACACCUUAACAUCCAUUACAGAAUCCACACAGGAGAGAAACCUUACAAGUGUAGUGACUGUGACAAAUCCUUUACCACACUCGCAAACCUUAGAAGACAUCAGAAGAUUCACACUGGGGAGAAAGCUUUCCAUAGUAAGUAAUGUGGCAUAUACUUUUUCUAGAUCUGUCUGUAUGGACCACUGCAGUCUCUACAUCAGAGAAUCAUUAUGAACAUGGGAAACUUGUGAAAGCCUUUAAGGAAUUUUCAAAAAACAUCAAGAGUUUAUAGUGAAGAAAAAAUCUAAGAUCAUAAGUUAGUGUAUUACAAAGAAGAAAACUAAGCAUACACAAAAUUCUCAUGUAUUUCAGUGGAAUAUGAUUUUUUGAUUUAAUAGGGAAAUGUUCUUUGGAAACAUUUUUGUAUUGUAAGUAUUGAAAUUGGCCGACAUAAGUACAGUACAGUUAGCUAGAUUACACUGAAAAGCAUCCUUAUUAGCAAACGGAGAAGUAAAGUGUCAGGGAAGUUAGGUAGAUAGGAACUAGCCACUAGUUUUUUUGUUGUUGUUGUUGUUGUUUUGUUUUUUUAAGACAGGGUUUCUUUGUGUGGCUUUGGAACCUGUCCUGGAACUCACUCUGCAGACCAGGCUAGCCUCAAACUCACAGGGAUCCUCCUGCCUUUGCCUCCAAAGUGCUGGGAUUCAAGGUGAGUGUCACCACUGCCCAGCUCUGGACAGAUGACUUAUGCCAAUUUCAGAUGCUCUGUGGGUCAGACACAGAUACCUGCACAGUUCAAAGCCCUUUGUUUGAUGACCUUUCAGUAACUAUGCUAGUUCAUGACAGUUCCAGUGCCAAGAAUUUGGACAUUUUUGUGCAUAUGAAGACAACUUUUUCGACUUCCUGUUCAUGCUGAAUCAUUUUAAAUUCUUCCACUGGCUGGUAGUGGUGCAUACCUUUAUCCCAGCACUUGGGAGGCAGAGGCAGGCAAAUCUCUGAGUUCCAGGGCAGCCUGGUCUACAGAGUGAGUUCCAGGACAGCCAAGGCUACAUACAGAGAGAAACCCUUGCCUCAAAAAACAAAACGCAUACCUAAACACACCAGUUCUUCUUACUUGAACAGAAUCCUGUCAUGGAAAUCCUCC